AGCUCAGUUGGAGGCGGUGGCGGCGGGGCUGGGCGCUGCCAUGAAUCGCCUCAAAGGCACCGACUUUGUGUCCCGCACCGCCAGCCCGGAGGGCACAGAGGAGCUGCUCAGGGAGCUGUUGCAAUGCCUCUCCAGCAGCACGGUGGUGCCGGGCAGUGUGCAGAGCACGGUGUGCGACCGCGUCCUGCGGGCCUGCGUGCAGCGCCUGGCGGAGCCCGGCUGCGGCCUCACGCACACCGACGCGGUGCUGGCGUUGGCCGAGGCGGCCUGCAGGGGCUUCGUCACCGCCGCCACCGCCCCGCCGAGCCCUCUCUACCUGGAGAAGAUCCUCUACUACCUGCUGAAGAACGCGGCUGCCCGCGGCCAUCGCAGUGCCUGCAGGCGGGCGGCGGAGCUCCUCCACGCUCAGCUCUGCGCCCACCAGCAGAGCCACGCGCCGUCCGCCGACUUCAGUGCUGUUGUCCAUAGCAGCUUCUGCAGCGCUGUGGGGCGCCGCGGGGUCGCUGGGGGACCGCCUGCAGGCCCUGCGCUUCCUGCUGCUGCUGGAGGACGAGGAGGGGGCCUGUGCUGCCCCUGGAGCCGCCCUUCUUCACCUCGCAGACCGCCCGGCAGGCGGUGUUGGCCGCCACUCUCUCCAAAGCCCACCACGCUCCAUCCUCGGCUUGCUUUGGCCGGGAGCAGGGGUAUCCUGACCUCCCUGCGCGAGGGCGCGGCGCGGCCCCCCUCCCUGCCCCAGGCCCUCUGCUUCUUGGAGCUGGCGUUGGAGCAGUGCCGGCAGCUCUGCCAGAGCGGCUGCCACGGGGAGGCGGAGGCGGUGGUGAGGGAUGCGCGAGGAUUCGUGGGGGGCUCCGAGGCGUUCGGCGAGGCCCUGGCCCUGCUGGAGGCCGGCGUGCAGCUGAGCCGGGCGCUGGCCCCGAACGGGGGCUCAGCAGGGCCGGCCCUGGCGCAGGCGGCGGCAGCGCUGGGCGGCGCAGCGAAGGCCUCGGGGCGCUUCCUCAGGGUGCUGGCCGAGGGCUGCCAGUUCAUCACCGCGUCCCUCCACCAGCGUGCCAGGAGCAGCCAGCAGCAGCCGAUGCCUCGGGACAACGUGCUCCAGCUCUGCGCCUUUGUGCGGGGGCACUGCCGUGUCCUCGGCCUGCUGCUGCGCGUGGCGCCUCCUGACGGCGUGAAGCAGCGGCUCGUGCUGAAGCAGCUGCUGUACCACAGCCUCCAGCUCUUCACCAGCGUGGCCUGUGACACCUUCCGCUCCUCCCAGGUGGCCGGGUGGUCAGGGCAGGAACGGCUGACAUUGGGCUGCCAGGACACCGUGAUGCAGAUGCUGGAGGCUCUGGAGGGACUUCCCCAGAGGGAGCAAGCCAAGUACCUCGACAUUACCGCAUCGUGCACGUUUAAGCUGGCAUACGUCUUCUACAGCCAGAACCUUCACAAGGAAGCCAGCUCCGUCUCCGAGCUCUUCUGCCAGAGGCUGAAGCAAAUAGAUGCCUUCAGAUUUCCAGAGAUACCUCCCGAAAAGCUGCACAGGUGCUUCAGGCUGCAGGUGGAAAGCUACCAAAAGCUGGGCCUGCUGGAGAGUGCGCUGGCGUCCUGCGUGCAGUGGCUGACGUCGCUGCGGGGCCGCGUUGGGGAGCUGCUGGCGGAGCCCAUCGGCCUCUGGGCCCGAGUGAAAAUGGACAGCGUGAAGCAGGGAGCGGAGGACUUACGGCUGAGAACCCUGAAGGAAGAACUGUCUGCUCACCACCUGGACGCGGACACCUUGGUGGCUGUGCUCUUUGCCGAGCUGAAGGCUUACAAGAGCAUCCGUGCCGACACGGGGCAGGAACGCUACAACGUGCUCUGCGACCUGCUGGAGAUCUGCUCCGAGGACAGCGGCCGCCUGCAUGAGCGCGCUGCCUGCUUGGUGGAGCUGGCCCAGGUCCUUUGCUACCACAACUAUGCCCAGCAAACCGACUGCUCCGCGUUGGAUUCUGUCCACGAAGCACUGCGGCUGUUGGAUUCGGUGCCCCGGAGUGCUGAGAACCGGGAGCAGCUCCUCGAUGACCGGGCGCAGGCUCUGCUCUGGCUCUACAUCUGCACCCUGGAGUCCAAGCUGGAGGAGGGCAUAGCAAGGGAGCAGAGAGUCAAAGCUCUGGGACAGAAGAGCCUGGAAGACUUUGAGCCCAAUGACCUCAACUAUGAAAGCAGGCUGCAGGAGGAUGCAUUCCUGAACAGCGGCAUCUCCUUCAACCUGCUGACAGAAUUGGCUCAGUCCAAGAGCCUGGACGAUGCCUUAGCCCUAUGGAAGCAGCUGCUGGCAUCUAGGGCAGUCCCAGCUGUGCGCAGUGUGGAGCAGACCACGGCCUCUCUUCGUGUUACAGCAGCUCUCUACAGGCUGAUGGACAAGCCUCUGCAAGCCAUGGAAAGCUACCUGCUGGUGCGAGCCCUGUGCAGCGCACUUGGGGACAAUUUGGGCACGGCCGGAGCUCUCUGCCAGGUCACCAAACUGCUCCUCCAGCUGGAAUGCCCCAGCCUAUGCCAGCUCUUCCUGGAAGAGGCAGAGUCCUGCUUGCAGAGAACAGACGGGGGCAGCGACUCCUACCUGCUGCUGCAGCAGACCUGCCUCGUGCUCCGCAGCCAGCUGUACUGCGCCAGCCACCGCAUUAAAGAUGGCACUGCCCUCUUGCUGGAGGUGCUCAGAAUCCCGGCUCUGCAGAAGACUGCCAAGGUCUGGUACAUGCUCCAAGCACAAGUCCUGCAGCUGACCGCCACCUACCUGAGCCUGCCGCCCAGCCACCUCUCGCAGAAGUUCAGGCAGUACAUCUUCACGCAGGGGUGGAAGACUCCUGAGACAGCUCUGAGCGAAGCCCACAGGUUGUUACGUGGCAUCGUCCUCCUCCUGAUGGGCAGCAACGUGCUGGGCUCCCACAAAUCAGCAGCAGAUAUCCGGUUCAUAGAUUGUGGGGACAACGUACUGCAGAAGUGGCAAGUGCUGGCCGACUUGCUGGGCUGCUCAGAGCACCUGGUGGUCCUCCUCAGCGGGGUGGAGGUGAUGUGCAAAGCCAAAGCCUUCUGCUUGGAGGCCAUCAAGCUGGCUGUGAAACUGCAGGCGGUCCGAUGGUGUGCAUCCUUCCUGGUGCUGAAGGCUCAGCUGGAGCUGCAGCAGAGUGAGCUGGAGCUGAGCCACUGGAACCUGCAGCAGGCUCUGUUCCUCCUGGAGUCCGGCACCGAGUUUGAGGCUGAUGAGAAGCAGCGAGCCCCCCUGAAGAUCUUGCCCAGGAAGGGCAAACCAGAGGGCAGGAAGCAGCGGGAUGAGGGCUCUGAGCUCCCGGGAGAAGAUGAGGGCUUUCUGAAGGGCCCUGCACUGGAGUUUGUGGCCAUGGUGAGCGGCCUGGAGAAAGCAGAUGACCUCAGCUCCUCGCCACAGCUGAAACCCAAGAGGAAGAGGAGGCUCGCCUUCCUCGCCCACCCCGCUGCCUGCCCCUGCUGCCUCUGCUCCGACCUGACCCUGUCGUCCCUCUGCCUCCGCUGGCUGCUCUGCUGUGCGCGGGGUGAGCUGGCGGCCGGCAGUGCAGCCGAAGGGCUGGGGCUGAUCCAGGCCACCCUGCAGCGCUGCGGCACCGUGGGCCCUCGCUUCACCGUCCUGCUGCAGGACAAGCUGGGCAGUGGUCACGAGGCACCUGCACUGCGGCUGUUAGAUGAUUUGGUGGCCACCGGCUAUGCCGCACUGGCCCUUCACAGCCUGGACUGGUCUCUGUCCUGCAAAGCACGUGCACAGGGCUCUGUGGCAUCCCCUGCACGGAAACCCAGAGGGAAGAAGAAGCAGCAAGCCAAGAGCACAGACACCGACGAUGCCUUCGCUUUGGGUGACUCGGACAGCAAGGUGCCUCCCAUUGUGGUCCGGCCGGCAGCAGUGCCCUGCACUCCGUGCCAGAAGCCGUCCUGUCCUCUAGCCAAGACAUACACCCGGGGGGCUGCGAUGUCCCUACGGCCCAGGGCUCCCUUCACCGUGUUCAGCGAGGCCUCGCCACCACUCAGCAAGUCACAGCUCCUGAAAGCACCCAAAGCCUGUGGGAAAACCAGAUCCCGGCUGCCGGUGACAUUCAGUGAUGACAGCGACACCGAGGGUCUCAAAUCAGUGCUGAGCCCCAUUGCUGGCAAAGCACCCAUUGCCGGCUGCAAGACGCCGAAGUCAGAGCAGCACCCGGCCCCGGCGGGGGACGCACAGCUGGGGGCACCGAGAAGAAGGAGCGGGCAGGCACGCAGGGCUCCGAGCUGGAAAGGGGAUGAGGAACGGGAGCUGCUGUGUGCCAUCGAAGAGAAGGAAAAGGUGGAGGAGCAGGUCAACGUCAGCUUGGAGCUACUCCAAGCCUCUGAGGAUGAAGCCCAGGGUGGAAUCCAACGCAGGCUGGAGGGCGCGGACAUGGAGCUCGAGGGGCUGCGGCAGGAGGUUGGUGGAGAGGUCCUGGCACGGCAGAGGCUGGGCAACGCCUCCUUGCUGGACACUGCCUGCGGGCUCCUGAAAUCUGCCUUCAGCUGCAUCAGCCACUGCCCACCGGCACAGCUGUACAGCCAGCUCUGUCAGCUCCUGGCUCUGGCCACGGGUGAUCAGGACCCCAUCACCACUGCCUACCUGCUGGCUGAGUCUGUCUCGGUCACCACGCGCCAUCAGCUGCUCAGUAUCAUCCACAAGAAGCUUCAUAAGGAGAAGAAAGCAGCAGCAGAUGUGGCUGAGCAGCUCCAAGGGCUGACCCUGCAGAUAAGGAUGCUCCUUCACACCAUUCACACCACCUGCCACCUCACUGAGCUCCAGGACCUCUUCAGCUUCAGCCCCACGGGUGUGGAGCCCCAGGAGUGCACCAGCUUCAGUGAGCAGCUGCAGCAGAUCCCAGCUGGGGUGACUGUGUGCGUGCUGACCCUGGUGAGCAUCCAGCCCACCUCCGUGGGGGACACACUGCUGCUGACACGGUUGGAGAGGGGCAGCGCUCCCAUCACUGUCCGCAUCCCAACUGCGCACACCAAGACCCCGCUGAGCUCAGUGCUGAGUGACUUCGACUCCAUCCAGAAGGAGCAGAAGGAUGCCAAUGGCUACACUGAAAAGAGAGCCUGGUGGCUGUGCCGCUUCGAGCUGGACCAGAGGAUGAAGAACCUCAUUGAGACGCUGGAAAUGCAGGUGCUGGGUUGCUGGAAGGCAGCGCUGCUCCCUGCAGCCCAGGAUCCCCUGCUGGCUGAGGAAGCUGCCCGUUUAUGUGCUCAGCUGCAGCAGUGUGGCUGGUGGGGCAAAGAUCCGACCCUACUCAAGGUGCUGCUGAACGCCGCUGCCCUCCUCAGCCCUGCUGAUGUGCAAGCCCUGGCCGUGGGGCUGUGCCCAGCUCAGCCCAGCAGAGCCCGGCUCCUCUUGCAGGAGGCUCUGGACAAGCAGAAAAACAGCACAGCGGGACCGGGCGGUUCCGUCAUCCUGGUGCUGGAUAAGCACCUGCAGAAGCUGCCCUGGGAGAGCAUGGCGUGCCUGAGGGACCUGCCCGUCACCCGGCUCCCAUCCCUGCGCUUCCUCCUCAGCUACACCCUGACACAGAGGCAGACAAACUCCGUGCUGUGCCGCGGCAUUGACCCCAGCAGGACCUUCUAUGUCCUCAACCCUCAGAACAACCUCUCGAGCACUGAGGAGUGUUUCCGCAGCUGGUUUGAGAGUGAACCAGGCUGGAGAGGGGUGACAGGAUCAGUCCCCAGCCAGGAGCAGAUGCAGGCAGCGCUGCUGGAGCACGAUCUCUACAUCUACGCGGGACACGGAGCCGGUGCCCGCCUGCUGGACGGGCAGACCAUCUCCCAGCUGCAGUGCCGUGCUGUCGCUCUGCUCUUCGGCUGCAGCAGCGCCGCCCUCGCCGUGCGUGGCAGCCUGGAGGGUACGGGCAUUGUGCUGAAGUACAUCAUGGCUGGCUGCCCCCUCGUCUUGGGCAACCUGUGGGACGUCACCGACCGCGACAUUGACCGCUAUGCUGAGGCACUGCUGCGUGCCUGGCUGGGGGCUCCUCGGCCCGGAGCCCCCCUUCUCCACUACAUGGCCGAGGCCCGGCGUGCCCCCCGCCUCCAGCACCUCAUCGGGGCCGCCCCCGUGGCCUAUGGGCUCCCUGUGGCCCUGCAGUGACGCAGCGGGGGGGGGGGCUGCACCCCCAUUGCAUACACAGUCACGGGGCUGCGUUUGUCUCGUUGUAAUUUCUUUUAAUUGCUGUGUUUUUAUGGUCAGAGGUAAAUAAAGUCGUUCCUCAUGAA